AUGUUUGUUGUGAGCGGUAUAUUACUGCUGUUAGCAGGCAUAUGUUCGGCGGAAAACUUUGUGUUAAACUUUUGUUCGGAGACAGGGACAAUAUCUACCAACUGCUCUAGACUUGAAAGGCGAUUGAACACAGUUGAAGAAGAAAUAGAACGUAUGAAGCCUGUUCCAACUGAUUGUGAAGAGAUAUACAAUACUGGUACGCAGUUGGACGGUGUUUACAACAUUUCUCCUGAUGGCAGGUGCCCAUUUCUGGUCUUUUGUGAUAUGACACACGGGGGAUGGACUGUCAUACAGAAGCGUUUUGAUGGCAGCGUGAACUUCUAUCAACCAUGGUCAGCGUUUGUGGAGGGUUUUGGGGAUCCAACCGGGGAACACUGGCUUGGGCUACAAAAGAUCCAUCGCCUCACGGAACAUGGCGUCCAGAUAUACUUCAACAUGACAAGGACCGUGGAUCAAGUAAUCGAUUACGCGCACUACAAAUAUUUUGCUGUCGACGGUGGAAAUACGCAGUACACAAUGUAUGCGGACAAGUUCGGCUACAAUGGUACUGUCAUAGAUACUGGUCUAACCUAUCACAGCGGCAGGAAAUUAUCGACGUACGACAGGGACAAUGACGAUAUUGACGAUAACUGUGCGAAGAUAUACGGAGGUGGCGCUUGGUGGUACGGAGCUUGUUAUGACCUUGGUAACUUGAACGGCUUGUACGGAGUGUCAGGCCCUGGGGGAAUGGACUACCACCUCGACAAGGGCCAUGUCUCCCUCUCCAGCGUCACUAUGAUGAUCAAACAAAUAGACAGAACAUGCUAAAACGUUUUAAAAUGUUUAAGCCAAAUAACAAUUGGUCACUGAAUUGACAACUGACCAUUCACUCAAUAACAAUUAGUCUGUUAUCAGCAGUUAUUCAUAAUGAAAUAUAAACCACAUUUGAGCUAACUAACUGCGUUUAACGUUAAUCUUGUUAUAAAUUGUUUAUGAGUUUGGUUUUAACAUGAAGGCAAAUGAAAUUUUUA